CAAUUCACGCGCCGGAAGUGCUCACCAUUAAGUUCAGAGUGUGGGUCCGAGCAUGGCGGGGUUCGCUGAGCUAGGACUGUCUUCGUGGCUUGUGGAACAGUGUCGGCAGCUGGGGUUGAAGCAGCCCACGCCGGUGCAGCUCGGGUGCAUCCCGGCCAUCCUGGAGGGUCGGGACUGCUUGGGCUGUGCGAAAACAGGAAGCGGCAAGACAGCGGCCUUUGUGCUGCCCAUCCUGCAGAAGCUUUCUGAGGAUCCUUACGGCAUCUUCUGCUUGGUCCUGACGCCCACCAGGGAGCUGGCCUACCAGAUCGCUGAGCAGUUCCGGGUGCUGGGGAAGCCCCUGGGCCUGAAGGACUGCAUUAUUGUCGGCGGCAUGGACAUGGUGGCACAGGCGCUGGAUCUCUCUCGGAAGCCACACGUGGUUAUCGCCACCCCUGGGCGCCUGGCAGACCACCUGCGCAGCUCCAACACUUUCAACAUGAAGAAAAUCAGAUUCCUGGUGAUGGACGAGGCCGAUCGGCUGCUGGAGCAGGGUUGCACUGACUUCACUGCAGACCUAGAGACCAUCCUGGCGGCUGUUCCAGCACGUAGGCAGACACUGCUGUUCAGCGCCACGCUGACUGACACACUCAAGGAGCUGCAGGGCCUGGCGACCAAUCAGCCCUUCUUCUGGGAGGCGCAGGCCCCGGUCCGCACGGUGGAGCAGCUUGACCAGCGCUACCUGCUGGUGCCGGAAAAGGUGAAGGACGCCUAUCUGGUCCACCUGGUCCAGAGCUUCCAGGACGAGCUGGAGGAGUGCUCCAUCAUCAUCUUCACCAACACCUGCAAGACCUGCCAAAUCCUUUGUAUGAUGCUUCGAAAGUUCAACUUCCCCACAGUGGCGCUGCACUCCAUGAUGAAGCAGAAAGAGCGGUUCGCAGCCCUGGCCAAGUUCAAGUCCAGCAUCUAUCGGAUUCUUAUCGCCACUGAUGUGGCCUCAAGGGGCCUGGACAUCCCUACUGUGCAGGUGGUUAUCAAUCACAACACCCCUGGGCUCCCCAAGAUCUACAUCCAUCGAGUUGGUCGCACAGCCCGUGCAGGGAGGCAGGGACAGGCCAUCACACUGGUGACGCAGUAUGACAUCCACCUGUUGCAUGCCAUCGAGGAGCAGAUCAAGAAGCGGCUAGAGGAGCUGGCAGUGGAGGAGGCCGAGGUCCUGCAGAUCCUCACGCAGGUCAACGUGGUGCGCAGGGAGUGUGAGAUAAAACUUGAGGCGACUCAUUUCGAUGAAAAGAAGGAGAUCAACAAGCGGAAGCAGCUGAUCCUGGAGGGGAAGGACCCAGACCUGGAGGCCAAGCGCAAGGCUGAGCUGGCUAAGAUCAAGCAACAGAACCGGCGCUUCAAGGAGAAGGUGGGGCAGACGCUUCAACGGAAGAAAGCAGGGAGCGCUGGCCGAGGGGCGCGUCCUCCCAGACCUCGGCCCCCAGCCCCGGCCCAGGGUGAAGCCCAGGCCUGAGCGGAGAACCUGCUACCGCAGGUCCCCUGAUGGGCCACAGAGGACCUCAGUAAACU